AUGAGAUCAUGGUCCUUUGACCACACGCUGUUCGUGCGCCUUGCCAACCAGCGUGCCCUUGGCCUGAAACCCGAGGGGAGUGAAAACAGUGUGGGACAGGGGAGAGUUUGGGGUUGUCACCUGGGAACGCGUUAUUUGGGGAAGACAGGGGCGACAGCCAGCUGCAGCGUUGGUUCCACGGCCUCUGGGACAACCUGCUGUAACACUGCAGGGGUGACAACUUUCCGCCGAGUUCACGGCCCACUAACCAGCAGUGGGCUGACACGCGGACUGUUUCAGGGGAAUGAAGUAAGAACCAGUAGCGACUGGCAGAAGGUGAAUGGUGUGAGAAGCGGUGAUGCUGGUUGUAACCUGCAUGCCUCCCUCCCGGUGCUGGUGUCUCUGGGAGCCCUGUCAGAGGAGACACAAGCUGAAAGUAGCUUCAGUGAAGAGGAGGAAGAAAAACUUCAAGUAGCGUUUUCGUUGGAAAAGCAGGAUCUUCAUCUAGUUCUUGAAACUAUAUCAUUCAUUUUGGAACAGGCAGUCUAUCAUAAUUUGAAGCCUGCUUCAUUGCAACAGCAGCUGCAAAGCAUUCACCUGGAUCAAGACAAAGCUGAAGCGUUUGCCAGUGCAUGGGCGGCUGCAGGUCAAGAUACGAUUGAGAAGUUCAGGCAGAGGGUUUUGACCCCUCAGAAGCUUGAAACAAUUGGGUGGCAGCUUAAUCUUCAAAUGGCAGAGUCCAUGCAAGCGAAGCUGAAGUCUCCUCGAGCUGUGCUAGAGUUGGGAGUGAGCAAUGAAGAUUCAAAGAACCUGAAGAAAGUGUUUGUAGAAUUUAGUCAUCAGGAGCUGUUUGAAUUCUAUAACAAGCUGGAAACUAUACAAGCACAGCUGGAUUCCCUUACGUGAUGUUUUUGAAGACUUAUUUCUCCAUCACACUCCUGCCACCUCAUUAUUUUAAAUUGAAGAUAGAUUGCCAAGCUGUGUUUGCUGAAGGAUUCAGUGGGUUGCUUCCUGUAAAAUUAUAUGGCUUAUCUCCUUUUUAGACCAGUAACAUUAGCCAAAAGUCUUUGUUAAGAGUCUGAACAUUCUAAUGGACUUUCUGUUAUUUUCUGAGCAAUUGUGAAGAAUGGCUUUACUU